AUGACCAUGCACUCACAAGAUGUCCCUGCAUUGGACCUUGUUCCCUCAGAUAUUACCAUCAAACAGGAGUUGAAUCACUCCGAAGCUUCCUCGAUAUACAAAGCAGAGCUGUUUGGGAAGACGAUCGUUUUGAAGCUUGGUACACUAAAAAAAGGUCGAGACUUAAAUCGCUUUCGCUGCGAACUGAAAGCCUAUGAAAACCUCCAUAAAUUCGGCGUAUGCAAUCGCGGUUUUGUUCCCACAAUUUACGGCUACGUCGAUCGGCUCGACCCGUUUGCCUUCCGCCCACCGCUUCAACAUUUCAGCAAAGAUCAGCUUAGGCCACGGGCUAUUCUUCUUGAAAACCUACUGUAUGCUGAAAGUCUGAACUGUGUGAACUAUUCGCAAGACCUGGUUCGCUGUGCCAUUCAAGGCUUACAAGAGAUUCAUAAUGCCUUUAUCCACCACCGCGAUAUUUACCCAAAGAACAUAAUUGUUUCGGGUGGCAAGAUUAUAAGGAUUGAUUUUGAUGUUGCGAUAACUUUCGGCAAUAUGAGUCCUCAUGAAAAGGCUUAUUGCGAAUAUGAAAUCGAACUCGUGAAGAGUUUUGGAAAACUUUUGGCCCGUCCAUUUUCCUUUCUUUGA